UAUCGACGUAACUAUGUACACGGACAACGACAGAUCUUGACCUCCAAAAUAAUAUGGUGCAGGCAACGAUAUAAAUAGUUGUUACAGACCGAAGUUAAUCAGUUGCAAGUCGAAGUCGAGCAAUACACACAUCACAAUGGCUGCGAAGUUCGUCGUUGUAGCUCUCUUGGUGGCGGCUGCUCAGGGCAGCGCUAUCCACGGUGGAAAUUACAACAGUUUCUCCUAUGGAGUGUCGGACCCCUACACCGGCGACGUGAAGAGCCAACACGAGACCCGCGUGGGCGACAGCGUGGUUGGCCAGUACUCGCUGCUGGAAUCCGAUGGCACAAAGCGCACCGUCGACUACGCCGCUGAUGCCCACUCUGGAUUCAACGCUGUUGUGCGCAAGGACCCUCUGCUGCACGCCGCUCCUCUGGCCGUCGCUGCUCACGCCGCUCCUCUGGCGUACGCCGCCCACGCCGCUCCUCUGGCCGUUGCUGCUCACGCCGCUCCUCUGGCGUACGCCGCCCACGCCGCUCCUCUGGCUCACUCUGCCUACUCCACCCAAAUCGCCCAUGCCGCUCCUCUGGCCGUUGCUGCUCAUGCCGCUCCUCUGGCGUACGCCGCCCACGCCGCUCCUCUGGCUCACUCCGCCUACUCCACCCAAAUCGCCCAUGCCGCUCCCCUCGCUCACACCGCGUACGCCGCUCCCCUGGCCCACACCGCCUACGCUGCUCCCAUCGCCCAUGGCGCCAUCGGUUACGGCGCUCAUGGAGUCGGUCUCGGUUACGGCCAUGGUCUUGGUUACGGACAUGGUCUCGGCUACGGUGCGCAUUACGGCUAUUAAACAAUAACACAACUCCAAACUGAAAGUAGACUGUGAUGAUUAUAGAAUAAAUAUAAAACAUUUA